CACUAGGAUCGCAACGAAUGCUACCAUCGUCGGUCUGGAUCCGAGUCCUUAUCAUUCGACUGCUCAUGUUGCAUCGCGAUGUACAGUGAUUGGCAUAGCUAGCUAGCUAGCUAGCUAGCUGCCUGUCUAAAGGAGGAGACGGAUCAUGAUGCAAGAUAAUGAUAAUUAAUACAUUCAUUCAAAUAGGGAACGGCGCCCAGCUUGUCGUCGACUCUCCCAUCUCUCGUGCCUUCUCGCUCAAGCCCUCAUAUCAUGUUCGUCAAGGCUACCGCAGGGUUGCUUCUGGCCCUCUGCGCCAACGCUGCGCCAGGCCGUCACCACUAUCGCGAUGUCGACACCCGGUAUCCCUAUACGGGACCGGCUGUGCCCGUGGGUGACUGGGUUGAUCCCACCAUCAAUGGCAAUGGAAAGGGUUUCGUCCGCCUGGUAGAGCCGCCGGCCGUCAAGCCCGCGACGGCGAAGCCAUCGAACAACGUCAAUGUCAUUUCGCUGUCGUAUGUGCCCAAUGGCGUCAAUAUUCACUACCAGACGCCUUUUGGACUCGGGGAAGCCCCCGCGGUGCACUGGGGGACUCAUCCCAACCGGCUGCUGUACACCAACACGGGCUCCAGCAGGACUUACGAUCGUACUCCUCCUUGCUCAGAGGUCGUGGUCACUCAAUGCAGCCAGUUCUUCCAUGACGUCCAGCUGUCGGGCCUCAAGCCGGACACGACCUAUUACUAUCAGAUCCCCGCUGCCAACGGCACCACGGCUUCCCAGACCUUGAGCUUCAAGACUGCUCGUGCGGCCGGUGAGGGAAAGGCCUUCUCGAUCGCCGUGCUCAAUGAUAUGGGAUACACCAAUGCCCAGGGUACAUUCGCGCAGCUCAACAAGGCGUCCGAUGAGCUCGCUUUCGCCUGGCACGGCGGUGAUUUAAGUUAUGCCGAUGACUGGUCCUCCGGUAUCAUGCCUUGCGCGUCCGACUGGCCCGUCUGCUAUAACGGCAGUUCGACCUCAUUGCCUGGUGAAGGUCCUAUCCCGGAUGACUACAAGACUCCUCUACCGGCAGGCGAAGUGCCCAACCAGGGUAGCCCGAGAGGUGGUGACAUGAGCGUGUUGUAUGAGUCCAAUUGGGAUCUAUGGCAGCAGUGGAUGAACAACCUCACCACUAAGAUUCCCUACAUGGUCUUACCCGGCAACCAUGAAGCCAGCUGCGCAGAAUUCGACGGCCCUAACAAUGUACUAACGGCCUAUAUGAACGAGGACAAGGCCAAUUCGACCGCACCAAAGUCGGCUCUCACUUACUACAGCUGUCCUCCUUCUCAGAGAAACUUCACUGCAUACAUCAACCGCUUCCGCAUGCCUGGUUCUGAAACCGGCGGUGUCAGCAACUUCUGGUACUCCUUCGACUACGGUCUCGCACAUUUUAUUGCUCUCGAUGCCGAAACCGACUUUGCCUAUUCCCCUGAAUGGCCUUUCAUCCGCGACGUCGACGGGAAGGAUACUCUCCCCUCGGAAAACGAAACCUUCGUAACGGAUUCCGGUCCAUUCGGCAAAAUCGACAAUAACGAAUACAAGAACAACAAAGCAUACCAGCAAUAUCAAUGGCUCGUCAAAGACCUCGCCUCCAUCGACCGCCAGAAAACUCCCUGGGUCAUCGUCAUGAGCCAUCGACCCAUAUACUCUACCCAAACAGCCACGUACCAAAGCGAUGUCCGUAAUGCCUGGGAAGAGCUUCUGCUCAAGUAUAAAGUCGACGCUUACCUCGCUGGCCAUAUCCAUUGGUACGAGCGUCUUCUGCCUCUAGGCACUAAUGGAACCAUCGAUACCGCUAGCAUCGUCAAUAAAAGCACCUACUACACCGGAACAGGCAGGUCGCUGACGCAUAUUAUUAAUGGUAUGGCUGGUAAUAUCGAGAGUCAUUCCACUUUGGAUCCUGGCCAGAAAACUCUCAAUAUUACUGCCGUGCUGAACCAGGAGGAUUAUGGAUUUAGCAAGUUCACUUUCCAUAAUGCUAAUAAGGCGACGUGGCAGUUCGUCAAGGGUGAUGGAAGUGGAUUUGGUGAUGAGCUUACGCUGAUUAAGAAGCACUAAGAUUAAGGUAGAGCUCUACUUAUUCUUUACUGGUGCCUGUGUGUUGUGUUAUAUCACUCGAUCACUCUUUGGCUCAGGAUGUGAAAAAUGUAAUUAUCUCUAUACAUGCGUACAUAACCAAAAGUUGAAAUAAAUGAAAGAAUUCCAAAGUGAAUUAAUGUUUCCUUGGUGUAAAUUAUUAAUUGUCUGGCUGGAGGGUAAUUGCCUUCUGGAAUUAAUACCGAGUCAGACUGCCAAGGGAGGUCUGUGCCCAGUACAAACGUAGUUCAAUACUAUGUAAGAUUCAACAGACUGUAAGACUGGAGCUGUAAUCUGGUAC